CUUGCAAGGCGGAGGGGUUGAUGAACUACUUCCUCAUGCGAUUUCGCAGAUUUAUAGAUCAGGGGUGCAAGUUUUACCUGCGGAUGAAGUAGAUAGCACGCUUUUGGUACAAUUCCUACCGAUAACAAAGAAUUUCCUGUCUAAGAAACUAAACAUGAACCAUCGGAUGAUUGACGAAGCAGAUAUUUUUGAAGACGACUCUUUGAUACCAAAUGUACUGAAGAACAUUGAGAUAUGCAUUCAAGUGUUAAGCGACAUGGAUAAUAUGUUGGCUUAUCUAAUAAGUUUUGACCAACUGUCUGGUUCUGAUUUUCCAAGUGCUCCGAAGAACGUAGCCGAAGUCGUUUACUUGGUUUUCAGCCAUUGUCAGAAAAGCAAAACCGAGUACAAAGAUGUGUUUUCUACUGUGAGAAGCGAGCUGAUGUCUUUGUUUCAACAUUGUUACCAAGUGCAGGUUAAACUGUUCACUUUACUGAAUGAAAAACUUGUCUUCAACUGUGCGUUUGAAGAGGAAAUUCAAUCGCUAGUAGAGAUUAUUGACACGUUAAACUUAAUGUCAGAAGUGGUGGCCGAGCUCGACACAAUGAGUCUGGUCGCUCACUGGAAGGGGUUUGCUCAGCUGACGCAGACGUAUUCGGCCCAUCUUUGCUCCAGGCUUGAUGUCUCCCGGCCAAUCAUCUAUCUCUCGGCCAACAUUGCUCAUCAAUUAGACAACCUAAAAGUCUACGUAAAUGCUGAUAAAAAGGUUGUCCUAAGGGCUUUGAAAAUCUCCAGUUUGCAGUUAAAGGUUCUGAUCAAACUGUGUGAACAAUACAAGCAUCAUUUGGGCGACUGUCACUCUCAGCUGUUGUCUUGUCUUAUCUCACUCACCAGCCGCACCCAGCAGUCUCUGAGCGUGGAAGGGUUGACAGAAGAUAUUGCUGCUCAAGUUACAACACAUCUAUCAGCAGGAGCAGCCCCCCUACUCUCUCACCUUUUGGCCGACCCGGUGUUCGUCAAGAACUAUCUUCAACAUGCUGAUGAGCUGCAGUCUGGCACAGUUGCAACAAAGUUCGGCUUCUGCAAUCUGACGAGCAUGAUUCUGAAGAAGUUCACCAAUCCAGCCUCAGCCGACGAUGAAGCUAAAGUGCUUUGGAUCAAAUCAACGAUGCCACUUGUUGAAACUACCUUCAAAAUACUCAAUACUUGUGAAGAUGUGUUUUUCUCGUAUGAGGAAGACGUGUACCAGACGCUACUGACUCACACCGCAGCAUUCAUCAUUGCUACAACUUCCGUCGAAAUGUUUUCUGACUUGGAGUCUAUGCUGGUCAAACAUCUGCUUCAACCAUCCUUGUGGCCGGCUUUCUUUACCUCCGACUUGUUAUGUCUCAUCGCGAGGGUAGGUUCAGACAAGUUAUGCCUCCAGUUGGUAUCACUGUUGAGAGAUUUGUGCUCGUGUUGGCCAACCUGGGACAGAUGUCGGCCUGAGUGGUGUUACGUCACCUGGACAACGAGUCGCCUCACUCAGUUUCUCGCUGAAGAUGAUCGUAAAAGCUUCUCGUCACAGCUACCACACGUGACUGGAAUUGCAACUGACUUGAACAACCUGCUCAACAAACCGUUUAGUAAUGAAUCUAUCCAGCUGUAUAAUGCAUUGACGAACAAUUUGACCACUCUAAGAGACCACAUAGACUUGUAUCCUGAUGUUGGAGCUACACUAGCUCAGCCUAUCUGCCAGAUGUGGAGUCACAUGAUGUUUCCAGAAGAUCUCGAGAGUUCUGAGACUUGUGAUUGGUUCUCUUCUCUCUUUUCUCUGUUGGUUUCCGUCUCAUCUCACGUUGUCGUCAGUCUUGAUACAUCUCAGAUUGUGAAUAUCCUCAAUGUUUUGGACGACCUUUGUUCGUCAUCCACCAUUUUCAAGUGUGGUUCUUGCACAUUUUUGAGAAGCCUCGCCAGCAAACUCCUCCCCAGUGAUUCUAACCAGAAUCUCGUUUACAACGAAAUAUCAUCUCUAUUUGUCAAGUUGUUGUUGGACAGUAACCCUUUAGUGAAACAAUUCGCUUUAGAAACCUUUUCCUAUUUUGCCUAUGUAACCAAACAUGAAGAAAUAGUCGCUUUGACUGUGGCCAAAGACGUAAAGCUGCAAAACAUCAUUGCCCAGUAUUUAGAGGGUAUUCCGAUCGUAAAGUCUGAUACUGAACUUCUCAAGUAUCUUAGUAGUAUAAAAGUUCCUUUUGUUCAUAAGUGUAGAAUUAAUAAUUCCAACAUUGAGAAAGAUAAUGUAGAACUCAAUCCGAGUAAAAAGUUCAAAAGUUCUGAGAAUGUAUUAGUUUCCGUGUUGGAGAAGAUUGAAAAAGAUUUAAGUGCAAUCGAAGAGUUCAAAAAGUGCUCAGAAGAAACACGUAGGUUAGUUUUAGGUUGUAUUGCUAAAAGGUUGGACGAGAUGGUGUAAAUGUUUUUAAUCUUUUAGAUGUAUAGUUGUAUAUAUUACAUUUUAAGAACAA